AUGUCACAAUCUGAUAGCGAUUUUGAUGUGAAAAUAAUCGUUGGAAAUGAACCAAAUAUUAAAGAGUUUGGUGCACACUCUACAGUUUUACGUUAUUGCUCUCUUUAUUUUGAAAGGGCAUUAUCAGAAAGAUGGAAGGAUCAAAAACAUGGCAUUUAUAUUAUUAGAAAGCCAAAUAUUCAUCCUACUAUUUUUAAGUUAAUUCUUGACUAUAUUUACACUGGAAAAAAUAUAUGCAAGGGAUCAGGCGAAAUUUCAUUAAAUAUACUAGUUGCAUCUGAUGAAUUAGAGCUUCUUGAUCUUGCUGAAGAUGCUCAAAAUCAUUUAAUUGAUAUGUUUUCGCCAUGGUUAUUCUCUGAUAUUUUAGCAUCACUUAAUAUUAUUUUACCAUUUAUUGGAUUAAAUUGGCAUGAAUGUUAUAGUAAAACCUCAAAUAGUUUUAUUUUUUCCUUUACCGAUCAAUUAAAUCCAGUAUUAAGUAGAAUAAUAAUAGAAAAAAAAGAUAAGGCUAUUUUGAAUGAUGAAUCAUACGGUCCUUGCUUUGGAGAAUCAGAUUUAUGUAUGCAGUUUUCAAAUCGUUGGACUAGUAAUCGGAAAAAUUAUGAGCAUGAAAUAACCAGUUCAAACCUAUUAAUUGCUGAAGAAUUUGAAUCAUUCUUAACAACAGUUUUCAAACAUUUACUUCCUUGA